AUGGAGCCAACUCUCACGCACGUCUUGUACCCUCGACAGUCCCAGGGCAGUAAUCGCAACAGCGGCUCCAACUCCCUUUCCGGCAUAAUUUCAACCCUUGUUCCUACCUUCGUUAUCGCGGUCAUCGCAUUCACGGUCUUUCUCUUCGUCCGCACCCGUUAUUCGCGAGUAUACCGACCCAGGACCGAUGAGAGACUCGUGGAUGAGGAUGCACGAACUCCACGCACAGACACCGGCUUCUUUGGUCUUCUGAGAAACUAUUCAACUCUCCCUGACUCUCACGUCCUCCGCCACAACUCACUAGAUGGCUAUCUCUGGCUGCGUUUCUUCAAGCUCCUCAUCUUCAUCAGCUUUGUCGGUUGUUGCAUCACAUGGCCCGUCCUCUUCCCAGUCAAUGCCACGGGCGGUGGUGGUCAAAAACAACUCGAUCUGCUCAGCAUGAGUAAUGUCAAUGAUCCAAACCGAUAUUACGCGCACGCGUUGGUGGCCUGCGUUUACCUGGGCUUUGUAUUUCUGCUUGUGGCCCGGGAGAGACUCAAUUUCAUUGGUCUGCGACGGGCGUAUUUCCUCUCCGCGGCGCAUGCUCAGCGUCUCUCGUCCCGGACGAUUUUGCUCAUGGGCUUGCCCCACGAGUACAUGGCCGAAGGUGCCCUGCGUGAACUCCUCGGUUCCAGUGUGCGGAAGAUCUGGAUGGCGACCGACUGUAAGACGUUGGAGAAGGAUGUCAAGAACCGUCGUAAAGCUGCAUUGAAGCUGGAAAAUGCCGAGAUGAAGGUCAUCAAAGAUGCCAAUGCCCGUCGGUUGAAGGCCACGAAGAACAAGUCCACCGAAUCGACAGCCGCUGAGGAGGACCCUCUACAGUGGCUUGACACCAAAAAGCGACCCUCCCAUAGAUUGAAGCCACAGAUCUGGAAGAAAGUUGACACCAUCAACUGGUCGCGUGGGACACUCACCGAACUCAAUCGAUUUGUCCAGCAACAGCAGAACGAGCACCUGGAUCUGAAGCACACCAAACUACCUGCAGCGUUCAUCGAGUUCUCGACUCAGUCGGCUGCUCAUCAUGCUUUCCAGUCGGUGGCUCUGGAGUCCAAGACCAAGUUCGCCCCGCGCUACAUCGGGGUGCAACCCGAAGAAGUCGUUUGGAAGAACUUGAGUGUCAGCUACACUUCACGCAAAUCCAAGCUUUUCCUGGCAACAGUGGUCAUCUGGUUGAUGAUUCUGUUCUGGACCAUACCUGUCGCAUUCGUUGGAGCUCUGUCGAACAUCAACUAUCUGACCAACAAAGUCUCCUUCCUGAGUUUUAUCAAUGAUGUGCCGAAAGUGAUUCUGGGAGUCAUCACCGGUCUUCUGCCGGUCGUGCUGCUGGCGGUUCUGAUGGCCCUUGUCCCGAUCUUCUGUGGCUUCCUGGCCAAACUUGCGGGCGAGCCGACUCUAUCGGCUGUCGAGCUCAAAACACAGUCGUGGUAUUUCGCCUUCCAAGUGGUUCAAGUGUUUCUGGUGACCACUUUCACUUCAGGCGCGGCGGCUGUUGCCUCUCAGAUUGUCCAGAAUCCCAGCUCGGCUCCCACCUUGCUCGCAACCAACCUGCCAAAGGCGUCUAACUUCUAUAUCAGUUACUUUAUCCUGUUUGGUCUCAUGCAGGCUGCUCUUCAGCUGCUCAACAUUGUACCGUUGCUGAUGUACACCAUGUUGGGCAAAAUCCUGGAUAAGACUCCUCGCAAGAAGUACAAUCGGUACAUCAACAUCGCGGGAUUGGGUUGGGGGUCAUCCUACCCAAAGUUCACACUUCUGGGAGUUAUUGCCCUGACAUAUUCCUGCAUCUCGCCUCUGAUCCUUGGAUUCGCCACGAUCGGGUUUUGCCUCCUCUACCUGAUGUUCAGGUACAACUUUCUCUUUGUCCUCGGCAACAAGACCGACAUGAAAGGCGAGGCUUAUGCCAAGGCACUGAAGCACCUGUUGACCGGUGUGUAUCUGGGUGCAUUGUGCCUCGUCGGUCUCUUUGCGAUUGGCUGCAGCAAGAGCGCUAGCAGUGCAGGGCCUUUGGCCAUCAUGAUAGUAUUCGUGGUUGCGAUGAUUGUGGCACAGAUUCUGUUUGAUCGCGCGCUGGCACCCAUGGAGCAGCAUCUGCCGGUAGAGUUGCUGUCCGGCAACAAGUACAGUACCACGGUGAAGGAUCAGACACUUGACGAGCACGAGUUGAAGCAGGAGCACCUUGAAGCAGGCAUGUCAAUUCGUGGAGAUUCUGUGCCCGACGGUAACAAAUCCGAGACCGAUGCGCCCGCACCACCGAAGAAGGCACCGUUCAACCUUUUGAGUCGCCGCAUCGAACCUUUGGCUCAUAGGUAUUACGAAUCCAACAAGGCGAUCGUGCCGCAGUCCGAAUCCGAUGCUUUGAUCCCCGCAUACACAUCCGAGGAGUACGAACAGGCCUAUCUCCAUCCUGCCAUCACCGACUUAUCGCCGGUCAUUUGGCUCGCGAAAGACAAGUGCGGCGUCAGCACACUCAUGGUGCACGAAAACAAAGAGGCUGGGAUCCAGAGCACCGAUGAUCAGGCCGAACUUGACGACAAAAACAAGCUUGUCUGGCACGAAGAUCGACUGAGGGAGGCGCCUCUAUGGGAGAGACCUGUGAGGUAUUAA